AUGCCUCGUGACAUGAAGCCCAUCAAGCUGUAUGGGGGUUAUCUCGGCCCCAACCCACUAAAGACAUCCUUCAUCCUCUCAGAACUCGAUAUCCCCUACGAGAAUGAAUUCGUUGACUUUCCGAAACUCAAGACCCCAGAAUACGAAGUUAUCAACCCCAACGGCCGCCUCCCAGCCAUCCACGACCCUAACACCGACAUCACCAUCUGGGAAUCCGGUGCCAUCCUCGAGUAUAUCCUCGACAACUACGACCAAGAGCACAAGCUCAGCUUUACCCCUGGCACGAAGGAGUUCUACCACGCUCGUCAGUGGCUAUACUAUCAGGUCACGGGACAAGGACCCUACUACGGUCAGGCUGUCUGGUUCAAGCGGUACCAUGCAGAACGGGUGGACAGUGCUGUAGAGCGCUAUGUGAACGAGAUUAAGCGUGUAUCGAAGGUGCUGGAUCGGUGGUUGGAGGAUAAGGAGUGGCUUGUUGGUGAUAGAAUUUCGUAUGCUGAUUUGGCGUUUGUGCCGUGGCAGAAUGGAGUUCAGAGUGUGUUGUCUGAUGAGGGGUAUGAUGAGAAAGAGUUUCCGCAUAUGACGGCGUGGCUGAAAAGGAUGGCCGAGAGGCCAAAGGUAAAGGAGUUGAUUGAGGCUCAGGAGACGAUGUUUCAGGAGAUGCAGAAGAAGAAGGCCUUUGAUUAA